UGGACGGACACAGCGUGGACAGGAGCGUCAGGCGGCCGUGCGCUCCCCUCUCGGAAACGCGUCCCCACGGGAAUUUUGUGUGCUGAACUGCCUCAUAAGUCACCGGGAUUGUUUGUUUGUUUGUUUUUUUCGUUUUUUUCUGGACUUUAUAAUUUGUUUUCGAAGAAGAAAAAAAAAGAGAAAAGAAAAGAAAAUUGCGCUCUGAUUUAGAAACUGGUGUCACUUACCGGGGAAACUCCUGCGCUCCUUGGCUCCUCGGCUUUUCAUUGUGGCGCUCCAGGGGGUCGUUUCGUGAGACAGAUCCAGACAUAGACAGAAGAAGAAUCUACUUCACCACAAUCUGUUGAAUCAAGAAAACCAAAUUGAAUAAUUUCAGAGAGAAAACAGUGAGCUGUCCACCGAUGAUCGUGCCUGGAGAAAUAUCUGGUGACCUUUUUCCGUCUCGGCUAUGGCAUUAAGUGAGACAUCUCCAUGAAGCGCUGUGAUAUCUUUUAAGAGAAACCUCAAGGGACAUCUAUAUUUGAAAAAAAAAAAAAGACCAACAAAACUGGUCAAUUGUUCUUCAUCUGACACAACCAAUCAUUUUGCUGAGUGGACUUUUGUUGAGUGGACUUUCGGGGACAAACUGUUGCUACUGUGAAUCUCCUCAAUCAAUCUCGUGUUUUGUAAAAGUGUGACAACAAGACAAACAGUGAGAUUUAUUAGUGAGUCGUCAUAAACCUUAAGAACCUACUGGGAUUAAUUUGUUAGAAAGAUCUUGAUGUGAGACUACAGGACAUUUCUUUUGAACUCUAAUUGGAUCUUCUCAGAUGUAUUUUUUAUUCUUCCUGGCCGUGUGCCAUUACAGGUUUUCUCUAAUACUUGGCCAACCAAUGCUCUAAUAACCCCGACCUUUAUCCCCCUUAACAUCUUUUCACACCUUUUCAUUCCAAACUGGUUUCUGGAGAGAUUUCAUCCUGGCCGGCACUAUUCCAGCCAAGGGGGAGGAGGACUUCCUCACACUGGCUGCUUCUCGGCUCAGCCGCAGGAAACGCGUGAUCGUAGCCGCUGUUGGCGUGGCCAUGGUUCUGAUACUGUUGGUGGCUAUUCCUCUGCUUGUUCACACAACCAAAGGUGGCAGUGCUGGGACCACCGGGAGCCGAUAUGAGAUGCUUGGAAGCUGCAGGAUGGUGUGUGAUCCGUACGCUACCUCUCAGCCUGGUCAGGAGCUCAUAGCCGUGUCUCCACCCCCACAGGAAUACUCUGGAAAGAAGAUUAGGUCUGGACUUCGAGGGCCUCCUGGGAAUCCGGGUCCUCCCGGGGACCGCGGACCCCCGGGAGAGCCGGGGAAACCGGGGCCUCAGGGUCCCCCCGGUCCUGGUCCUGGGGGGUAUUCUCCCUCAAUCUACACCCCUAAAAUAGCCUUUUAUGCAGGGCUACGCAAGCAGCACGAAGGCAGUGAAAUACUGAAGUUUGAUGAUGUGGUGACCAACGUGGGCAACUACUAUGAGCCCAGCACCGGAAAGUUCACCUGCCCUCUGCCUGGCAUCUAUUUUUUCACCUACCAUGUACUAAUGAGAGGUGGUGAUGGGACUAGCAUGUGGGCAGACCUGAAGAAGAAUGGACUGGUAAGAGCAAGCGCCAUCGCUCAAGACGCUGACCAGAAUUACGACUAUGCCUCAAACAGCGUGAUCCUGCAUCUGGACGUCGGGGAUGAGAUUUGCGUGCAGCUGGAUGGAGGGAAAGUUCACGGGGGAAACCAGAACAAGUACAGCACCUUCUCUGGCUUCCUUAUCUACCCAGACUGAAGCUAAAUUUUACAUUCAGAGGAAGAAAAAAAAAAAAACAGAACCGUAGAAGAGGUUGACAUGGACAUGUACAGUAUGGAUGCAAAUAAAUGCACAUACAAAAAUAUCCACACACAUGCAUGUAAGCCAACACACAUGCACACACCUACAUUGACGUGUUGUGAGAUUACAGUGGGUUGCAACGCGACAAAUCUGACAGAGUGACAAUUAAAUCCAGUGAUGAGAUACUGAGCCAAAAAAUGGUCAUCAGUAACGGCAUUUAUUGGAACACUUUUUCUGCAAAUAUAGAUAUCAGGAUAUACAGGACAGCUUAAAUAAUUAUUUAACACUGAGGCUCAGAAAUAUCUAAAGUAUUUUAAUGUAAUCUAUAUUAACGUACAUAGUGAGAAUGAUGAUACAGUAAACACCAUAAGUUGGAUAGUUGAAAUGCAACUACAAAAUAAAAUGAUAAAAUGAAAUUUCGAGGUGAAUGCAUAUUUAAUAAUCUUUGAUUUCAACCAUUUCUGAUUUUAUGGUCGGCAUCAGCUUCGGCGCACGUCACAGAAAAGCAUACCCAGAAUGACUUACACUUUUGUUGUAAUAAAUUUGAUCCCUUUGAGAUUGGAUCUGAGAUGAGACAAAAAUGACAGAAAAAUGUUGUCAUAAUCAUACAUGUAGCAACAAACAGUGCCCUUCACAUAUGCCUCCACUGCUGGUAAAGAUGUACAAAACACUUCAAAAUAAAUUUAUUUUCAUUGCAGAAGCAAUACAUUCAUACUGAAGUUGUUUUGAAAAAACCUAACCAUCAAUUUCAUUAACUUUAUUUAGUGGGAAAAAAAUGCUUCCUCAUUGGAAAAUCACUGGAGCUGCAAUUUCUCUCUAUUGAAUGAUUAUGAAGUAUUUAUUUAAUGUGUAUUUUACAUUAAAAUUUUAAAAAAUCAAAAUAUAUCUCGCAAGAUAUUUGGAAAAUAUUUACGUACCUCCACACGUCAGUAACACGCAUGUAUACACAGUGUGAAAAUAUCAAAUCAUAUAGUUCAAAAAGGAGACAAAUUAUGUGUGAAAUUAACCUGUAACUCAUAAGAGCUGAAAAGCAAAUCCAGAAUCAGUGUAAGCAGUUAUUAUAUUCCUGUUUGUCUAUAUAUUGGGUGAAAAGAGCUCAAUAUUUUUAGACCUGUGUUUUGUGGUCUGGUGAAAUAAAAACAAAUAUUGCAUAAUGCGUCAGGCCAUAUUUUGGAUAAAAAUUUUGUUCAAAAAGAAAACAUCAUAUGCGGGUUUUAGCAUCACAUUGUUUUUUGUCAGGAGGAACUUGUGAGAGACAAUAUAAAAUAGAUAUAAUAUUAGGUAAAUAAAUAAACAGUGUCUCAAGACAUUUAAGUCUGAAUCCUAACAGGUAUCAUGACAUGUACUAUAAUCCUGUGCAAAUCACCAAAGUAAUUAUGAAAUGACCAUCACAAAGCAUUUAUCUGAGACACACAGAUUUGUGUACAAAGCUGAAAAGGUGUUACAGGGCCUUCAAACCUGACUCAGUUUUGUGAGAAUGAAAGUGCCCAACUUCUGAAUUUCAGGAAAGUGAAAAAAAAUCUUAACUGUACUUGUGUUUUUAUCAAGUCAGUAAAAUGUGUUAAUUCUAUCUGAGCUAAGAACAUGUUUUUUUUUUGUUUUUUUUUGCUAUAGCUACAUCUUUAUCAGGAGUGUCAAAAACUUUAGUGGCACUACAAAGGAAAACCCCAAGAACAUAUCAUGUAUUGUGUAAAUAUCUUAUUUUUUUAAUUCUUUGCUGAUUACAUUAUGAGUGAGAUUAUUUGUAUGAGUGAAUAAAAGUCACAUGUUCAGUGUUUUAAAUAGUGUAUCAGGCAUUACAGACAUUUGCAAUGACUGUUUUACUUUCAUUACAUGUAAAAACAUCAACUUUGGGAAGGGCAGUCUGGAUUUAGAAGGUUGAGUGACCAAUUGCUAUUAAAACACACGUACCAACUCUA